UCCCUCUCUCUUCCUCUCUCUCUCUCUGGCUGUUCCGCCGCCUCCGGUCAUUUUUCGGCUCUCACUUGGCCAUGCACUCCUCGAAACGAGCUCGCUCCGAAAUGCCCGGACUAUGUCCCACUGCUUGCGAGGGUCCCUCGGCUGAGGGCGCGCCAGGGCUUGGAGGAUUUUUUGCCGACCAGGAUCGGCGGCGAAAGAACAAUGGCCCGGCCCCGGGCCCGGCGCCACAAUGCCAUGCCUGCCGCACGCCUCAGCCGGAGUUGACCGACUGCACACACUGCCUGAAGUCCACCUGUGGAGAAUGUCUGGCCGGGUGCACCAUCUGCCUGUGUGCCUGCUGCAAGUGGUGCAUUUCCCAGAGGUUCUCCGCCCAGGACCAGCACACCCUCUGCCCUGAGUGCAAUAUCAGGCAUGUCUCGGAUCAGGACCUCCCACCCCCUUUCCUCCAAGAUCAGCAGCAGCAGCAGCAGCAGCAACAGCUCUCGGCCCAGGAGCCAGUGGAUCCCGCACGGCAGCCGGGCAUCGCGGCCUUCCUGGGCGUCGCCGCCCCCCGGCGGCCGAUGCCGGCCCCGCCGCGGCAGCAUCCAUACCCGGCCGUGCCGAUCUCCGAAACCGAGGGGAACGCCCCGGCGACGGGGAAGUCCCACCGGACCACGAGAAUCACGCAUUAUUUCAGGUGAUCCCAAUAAGAGUGCAUUCCUUGGUGUGA